CUAGAGGAGGAAACAAGAAGCUGUUGGAAGAGGCAGCAACCGCAGACUUGGAAAUGACAGCAAUAGACAAAAUAACAGCAGAAGUUAUCCAGACUCCUUUAAAAAUCAAGAAAGGGGAAAAAUGGAAGCAGGAUAUUGAAGCUAUUGAAGAAGAAGCAGAGCCUCCUUUGCUUCCUCUAGCAAAGAAAGCAAAACGUGACAGCCAAUGUCUUCCAGAGCUAGAAGCUGAAAACACUAAUCCAAGAACUGGAAAGGUGAAGGCAUCUGCUAAAAAAGUGCCAGUGUCCAGGAGCAGAAGAGCUCCUUCAGCGAGGGUGAAGCGCAUGAGUAAAAGAUCAAGCAAAAGCAACUUUAUCACUCCAGCUACUGGCAGAAUUGUUGAUCUCUGUGCUCAGGGAGGCACCUCCAUGGUCACACCUAAAUUUGAUUCCAGAAUUUUCAAGACACCAGGUCUGCGCACACCCAUGGUCCACGAACGUGUUUACACCAUCUCUGCCAACGGCAGCCCCCUCGCCGACAGCAACGAUAUCUUCAUCACAGUCCCUGUUGGAGGAGGGGAGAGUAUUCGUUUAACAGCAAGUGAUUUGACCAAGAAGAAUCUUCUUCAUCUGAAUCCAGAGGCCCAAGGAUUUAUGAAGAAGCUCUCAGUUCGUCUCGCACAAGCUUGCAGUGGUGCAAAAACCCAUAGAUGA